AUGUCACAAAAGACCUCUUUGAAAGGUCCAAAAACCUCAGCAAAGAAAGGUGGAAAAAAAGCCAAGGAAUCCCCAAAAGGAAAACAAACACCUUUGGGUAAAAAUUAUGAAGUUGAUCUUUCUAUGGCUAGUAUAGGCCACCCAGAAAUCUUUCCUUUAGUUUUCACUACAAAGACGCAAGAAAUUUUUAAUUGCCGAGUUGAUGAAGAUGUCACAGAAGAAAAUUGUUUCAAACUUAUUAAAAAAGAGGACAUCGUUCAGGACUUGAAAACAAGAGCUGCAAUUUCUGACUUCCACCCUAUCAAAAAAGUUGUCCUAGAAUAUCCAGGGGAAGAACUUUUGGUAGUUUUUGAUGCAAAGUUCCAGUACGGACAGAACUUUUACCUUGUUGCUUCUGAGGAAGCCAAGGAAAACCUUCUGAAGCCUCCAGAAACUGCAGAAGAAAAAGAAGAAGAAAAAGAAAAAGAAGAAGAAAAAGAAGAAGAAAAAGAAAAUGGAGAGGAAACUCUGGAAGUCCAUCCUUAUAAGUCUCUUGUCCACAAACCUUGGGUUUCUCUUGGCAGCGAAAAAGAAGUUGAAGAAGAAUCUGUUAAAGACUCUGUUACAAAGAUUAAGUAUAUGAUUUCUCGAGUACGCAGGAAGUUUGGUGCACCAAUUACAUUUACUGAUAAGAAUGCUUCACAUGUAAAAGACAGUUACACUGAAUGCACAUCCUAUGAAGACAAAACUUUCAGUAUUAAAAUGCUUGAAAAAGAUGUGGGCAUACAAAUGGUUCCAAAAGUAAGAGAAGCUAGUACACAGACAAAAUGGACCUAUCCAAAAAAUGCAUCCACGCAGUAUUUUCCUAGACAGUUGUCAAACGAAGAGAAAGAAGACAGUCUGUCAUCUGAGAAACUGAAAGAAUUUCUUACAUCAGUACAUUUAAGAAUGGAAAUUGCAUUGCAGCAAAAUGAAAUUAUGGAUGGUUUUUUUGAUGACUGGAAGGCCCUAGCAGAAGAUGAAAGCUAUUCUGGUGGCAAGCCAGAUGUUUACCUUAAAGCAUACCAAUCAUUUACAGAUCUGCGCUAUCUCAAGGACAGAACUAUUAGCUGCGUUUGCUGGCAUCCAACCAUUUACGGGAUUAUAGCAGUGUCAGCAAGAGAGCGGCUUUCUUAUGAACAAGUUAACCUUUCUGAAAAGUCAUUGCUGCAGCAGUCAGUAAUACUUUUUUGGAGUUUUUUUGACCCUAUCCACCCUCAGUUGAUGUUGGAGUGUCCUGAAGACAUUUACUGCUUUCAGUUCAGUCCAAGUGAUCCAAAUAUCAUUGCUGGUGGCUGCGUCAAUGGACAGGUUAUACUGUGGGAUAUUUCUCAACAUGAAGAAAAGCUGCAAAAUACAAAAACUGUUGAUGAUGGAAUCGAGAAAACAUCUGUUAAUACGGUGAAUGCUUCCAUUCUAAACAUAUUGCAGUACAUCUAUAUAUCUCCAUCAUUUAUGCAAGUCCAGCAGAAUAGCACAGAGCCACCUCUAGUGAAAUACUGUGCAGUCUCUUCCAUACAGUACAGUCAUAAAAAACCAGUAACAGACAUACAUUGGCUACCACAUUAUUCUAAGGACAACCAAAUGGGUGCUACUUCUGAAAAGAGAGCUGAAAGUUGCGUGCAGCUUGUAACCUGCUCCCCUGAUGGCUCAAUACUAUUUUGGGAUAUGCCAGCCACCAGACUUACUGAACAACCUUCAUUUGAGAAAGUAAAAAAGGAUGAAAUUUUUGGUAUUCCCCCUGAUGUUCGAGAUACUUUUAAGGAUCUAGAUCUCUGCUGGAAACCUCUCGUAAAGAUAAACCUGUGCGAAAGUGAUCCCACCACAGAGUAUGGUCCCGUCAGAAUUAGUUUAAGGGAACUGCAUCAUCAUUACAAAACCUCAGAAGCAUCUGCCAGAGAGAGGCCAUAUACAGAGAUGAGUACUUCAAGCAAAAAUCUGAAAGGACUAGAGAAUAUCUCCACGGACUUUUUUGUUGGAACUGAAGAUGGAGAAAUUGUUUAUUCUGACUGGAAAAUGGAAAUUGAUGGUGACUCAGCAAAACCAGUUAGUCAGAAGCACACUCAGAAGUACACCUUCCACACCGAAACUAUCAACACUCUCCAGAGAUCUCAGUUUUUUAAAGACAUCAUUCUAAGCAUUGGAGGCCAGAAUUUUGCCAUUUGGAAAGAAGAGGUUACAAGCGGACCAAUCCUUCAGUCAAGAUGCUCCACAGGAAGAUACACUGCGGGACACUGGUCCUUAACAAGACCAGGAGUUCUCUUCAUUGGCAGAGAUGAUGGAAAUAUAGAUAUUUGGGACUUACUGAAGAAAACUCAUGAGCCAUCUCAUUUCCAGAACAUCUCCAAAUCAAUGAUCAGUUUCAUCAGCCCUUGGACUGCCUCAUCAAAGCAGCAUUUUUUAGCCGUUUCUGAUGAUUUUGGAGUACUGCAUGUUUUGGAAAUCUGUCAGGCGCUAAGUGACCCUUUGAGGAAUGAGGUUAGUAAGAAUUUUUAUUUAUCUCAAUGA